AUGGCUGAAACUUUGCACGGAACCAACAUGGACUCGGAGAAUUCCAAAACGAUGUCGCCUGCUGUUAUGGAGGAGGUUGAGACAGAGAAACUUAACCGGGUGUUUUUGUCCUCUAUGAAGGAGGGUGAUCCUCUCCCCCUCAUCAAGGAGGAAUUAAAAUAUCUUAUUCAAUCACGGAGGCUAGCGGUCGGAAAAGAGGAGCUCAGCGUAAAGUUCCACCCUCCACUAACCCCACAGCUCGAGCCUGAAGAUAGAAUUAAAAUGAAGAAAAGACGAGAACAGAACAGAAAUGCUGCACAACGAUUUAGAACAAAAAAGAAAUCAAAGAAAGAAAAAGUAGAAAAGGAGCUCGAGUUUCUGAAUUCUAGAAACAACGAACUGCGUGCCAAGGUUGAGGACUUAGAGAGACAAGUUCACAUGUAUCGUCAAUACAUAGACUGUGUCUCCCAGGAUGCAAUACAUUUAGAAAAUUUCCCUCCAAAGUGACAUUAGCCAAUCAAUAACGGACAGGAAAGUGAUGAACCGC